GGCACUCGUGUUCGACACACGCCGAUGUGCGGACGUUUCUAUAGGGCUAUUGGAAAUCAAUCGAUAUUAUUGUAAUAGUGAAUAAUAUUAUAGAUCAAGUUUGAUUUUUCUGUUCGUUUUUCAACCGUCGUUGCGUUUUCGUUACAAUAACAACAAUAAUAACAAUUAUAAUAUUAUCGUCUUCCGCACGAUGACCACCUACGAAGCGGUGACGAUACCUCCGACGGGCAAACACACGUCGACGAUUAUUUUUUUCCACGGUCUUGGUGAAUCUGGGAGCAUCUGGGCGGAGUUAUUGACAAAUUUACGCAAACCAAACACCAAGAUUAUCUGCCCUUCUGCCCCCAAGAUCCCGUUGACGUUAAACAAGGGGUUCGCGAUCCCGGCGUGGUUCGACUUGUCGACUUUGAACGAAGACGCGCCGGAAAACGAGUCGGACAUAUUGCGUGCCGUGGACAACGUGCACGCGAUUUUGGACGAGGAAUUGGCUAAGACGCGGUUGCCGCCAAAGAAAUUGUUGCUGGGCGGUUUUUCGCAAGGCGGAGCGCUGGCCCUGUACGCGGCACUCACAUAUCAUAGGCCACUGGCCGGUGUCCUAAUCCUGUCCUGUUGGAUACCGUUGCACAAGAGCUUCCCAGACGCGGCCACGAAUAACACCAAUAUACCAAUAUUCCAAUGUCAUGGGACGGAAGACCCAGUCAUACCUUACGUAUGGGGCACAAGAACAUCAGAAAUACUAAAAGAGUUUGCCACCAAAAGCAAAUUUACAAGUUACGAAGGCUUGUUGCACCGUACAAAUGAGAAAGAGUUGGCCGAUAUAAAAUCAUUUAUUCACAAGACUGUGACAUGAACAAUUUGACAUCAAAUAGAAGAAGAUAAAUAGGCUGAAUAUUAGCCAUAAGCAGUAUACCAAUGUGUAUAUUAUAUUUUAUACCUUAGGGAAAUUGGUAUUUUAUAUUUUAUAACUCAUAAUGACAUAAUGUUGUGGAUAAAAUAAACUAUAGAUUUUUCAUGUUAAAACCAAUGAUCCAA